GAAGAGCGCGCGCGCCGGCGGGAGGCGGCCCAGCUGGCCGCGGGGCGACCCCGGCCGGGCAGCCCGAGGGGGUCCUCGGGCCGACCCUGCCAUGGGUGCGGCAGCCCACGCCGAGGGCGGGACGCGUGCGCCUGCGACUGCGCUCUUCCCCCUGCCCCCGCAGGAGGAGGGGGGGAAAAGAUCGGAGGAGGACGAGAGGAGGAGGAGGAGGAGGGGGAGGAGGGAGGCGGCCCGCCCGCCUCAGGCGGCCCCGCCGCCCUUGUCGAGGAGGCCGGCGUGCUUCCGGCCGCCUCGGUGACGUAUUCGUGCUCCCCGCCGAACAUGGGCGUCAGGAUGGCCAGGGCCUCCGCCGCAGCCCACGGGC